GGACGUGCCUCCCGCGGUGCCCGACGGCGGCGGCUGAGGCGGCGGGAUGCGGCUGUCGGUGGCGGCCGCUAUCUCGCACGGGCGAGUGCACCGGCGGCUUGGGCUGGGCCCGCGCUCGCGCCUCGACCUGCUGCGCAACCUCGUGACGGCGCUGGUGCGGCAUGAGCGCAUCGAGGCGCCCCGGGCGCGGGCCGAUGAGAUGAGGGGCUACGCCGAACGGCUCAUCGAGUACGCCAAGCUGGGGGACACCAACGAGCGCGCCAUGCGCAUGGCGAAUUUCUGGCUGACGGAGAAGGACCUCAUCCACAAGCUGUUCAAGGUGCUGGCACCCCGGUUCCAGCCCCACCCCGGCAGCUACACCCGCCUGCUGCAGAUCCCCAACCGGGAUGGCCUUGAUCGCGCAAAGAUGGCAGUCAUCGAGCUCAAGGGCAACCCUUUCCCACCGCUCAUCUGCCCGCGCCGCAACACUGAGAAGACCCUGAUCAACCAGCUUCUGAAGGGCUACCGGCAGGACAUGCAGCAGGCGGCAGCCCCCCAGCCCCCCAAGGGCACACCUGUCUAGGCAUUCCCCCCUCUGCCCUGAGGGGGGGGCCCCGUGCCUGCGCAGGGACGGGGCUUGGCCUGAGCUGCCCAUGCACCAGCCAGCUUGUCGCCAUUCUGGAGCACAGGAAUGGAAAAUGUCCUGGGAGGUCUGAAGGUUGAUUACUAACCAUGAGUUGCCAUAACAGGGGCGCAAGCUCAAGGUUUACUUGUUUCAUCCUGUAGUUUGAAUAAAGACUCAGCAAGAAGAGGAACUCAAGCUGGGAACCCUAAUGGUUGAUACUCUCUGUGUAAAUAAACUCUGUUCAGAAAGUGA